UUUAAAAUGAAUGAAUAACCCGUGCGUAUAAAAUAGGCAUCUCACUGUUAUGCAAUCCAUUUGACGUGCUGUCUACUUAAUUCUGUCGGGUUGUUGGCCGAUGUAAAAAGUUUAGACGGUUGUUUUAGAUUUCUGCUUAAAAUUGACGAAUAUUCCAUAAAUUUUAUGCCUGUCGAUUACCCGUCCCUUUCUUUUUCAACGGAUAAGAAAAUAACAGGUAUAACUUAAAAUAAAAUUAGAUGGCAUCUGCAGGAAUUAGCACCACUAUGUUCUGAAUGAGUGAUGAUAUUUUCUUAGACCUUGACUGAGUUAGGUCGCACAUUACUACAGAACCUUUUGACAUAUGCAAGCACUCUUACUGCUUUGUUAAGAGUAGAGAAUUUGUUAAUAAAAGUAUCAAAAAAUGAUUCCUGAAUGCCAUGUGUUAAUGCACAUACUACAUCUCGUUGCGACGGUGAAGCUUUUGUUUCAGGCAACACUUUAGGCACAUCAAAACUACAAUCUGUAAAAUUGUAAUUAGAGACAUCGCUGUUGGCCCUGACCACCAUAGGCUUUGAAAGUUGCAGGGAUCCACUCCACUACUCAGACAAUCUACUGGCUUCAUUUCAGUAGAUACAUAACCCCAUAUAAAGUUUUCUGUAAGCUCAUUUAUAAAUUGGAUUCGAUUAGCUACAUAUGCAUUUAAUUUGAUAGCAUCUGUGUUUAACCACGCUAGUGCUAAAUCAAAUCAAAUAUACUUUAUUGCGCAGUACUACUUGAGAGUCAGUUCCACACCAAGAUACUGCAAAAUACCUUGGCAUGCACCUGGACAGAAGGCUAACUUGGCAAAAACACAUUUGGAGUAGAAGAAAAACCCUGGACACAAAGCUGAGAAGUAUGUACUGGCUGAUCGGUAAAAAGUCUCAGUUAACCAACGAAAGCAAAUUGCUCAUAUACAAAACCAUAUUGAAACCGGUUUGGACAUAUGGAACAGCAACAGUAAUAUUGAUAUCUUGGAAAGGUUCCAGACUAAAGCUAUGAGAACCAUGUUUGACAUCCCUAAAUGCAUCCACAAUAAAUACAUCCUGCAAGAUCUGAAGCUAAAAACUGUGAAGCAAGAAAUCGUUACCCAUGGCCAAAACUACCAGAAAAAUUAACUUGUCAUGUGAACUCUUUGGCUGCUGAAUUAUCGGGGUCCGGAAGUAUUGUUUACACAAGAUUUAAGAGAAACAGUGUUUUAUCUUUAAUAAACAGAUUUCCUGCUGGAAAGUGAGACGGAUCAGUGGAUCAUUUCUCGCCGCUACAAAUACCAAAUACAGAAGAAAUGAAACAAUGAAGCAGCUAAAUGUCCAUGAUGACAUAUUGGUGUGUUAAGCAGAUACAUAAAAGAAAAAAAAAGAAAAAAAGAAAAUGAAGAAUUUCAUUGCAACAGAUGUGAUACGAGACAUGUACGUAAAGCAUGUCCAGCUUUCGGAAAAGAGUGUAAUAUGUAACUGCAAAAAGAAGAACCAUUUCGCAAAGUGCUGUAAAAGUAAGAAAGUAGAGAAGUUACUAAAGAAUGUGUGUUUAAAUAGCUAUGAAAUAAUAUUUCAAAAAACAAUAUAAGAAUAUAAUAUAAAUAUGCAAGCAUUAUAUUUAAAAUAAUAAUUUACCAUCGAAUAAUAUUGUUUAUUUCAGCGAGACAGAUGCAUUGUGUUAUUAAUAGAUAUAAAAUAGUUUGUUAAAGGGAAAACCAAAACCACUGGUUAUUAAUAUCUCGGUAUUAUUGUCUAUUUAAAUAAAUAGGGUUAAAUGCAUUUUGUUUGGGCGGAACCAAAAAGGAAAAGAAACAAUUCUGUGUGGUGGUUACCGUUACACUUUAAUAAUAAUAAUAAUAAAACACUUUAUUGCACACAAAUUCACAAAACAUUUACAGGAUAAACUAAACUUACUAAUUUAAUUUACUUUAAAUGUUCGAAAUAAAAAAUACUAAUAACUGGAGAUGCGUUAAGCGUAGUGAAUGCAGUGCGUCAAUGACACUUGAUAAUGCAAGGCAAAAUAUAAUUCGGAAAAGUACGCACACGUGUAUAGCUGACCAAAAGCGCUUGAAGUGUUAAUUAUCAAGAAUAAGUGUAAAAGAGACGUAUGCGAAGAUUUGGCACCUAUACAACCGAUAUAUGAAAAAAAAUAUUGAAGCACUAAGGAACAAAGGUUCAGAGUAUUUAGACUAUAUUCCACAAUUCAAGCAAUUUAAAGAUAGUCUUUACAAAAGGAGGAAGGCUUUUUAUAAAUCAGAUGUUUUAAUUUUUUCUUGUUUGGAAGACGUAGGAAUUUCUGAAGCGUUAGCAAAAAUCUUUUUAAUUCUAUGUGGGUACAAGCGAGAAAAUCCUAAUUUUUUGCACAAAAGCCGUCCGACGGGUAAUACACGCUAAGGGCCAACUCACACCGAAAGAGCGGCGAAGGGCAGCGGAGCGCAGCGACCCGCUCGGUAGAGAAGGCGCGAGGAUUCCCGCGACUGCUCGAGAAGUCGCUGGAAUGCGCGAGAAGUCGCGGGACUCCGCGCGCCAUCUCGAGCCCGCACGCGAUGAAUUCACGGGUCGUUCUAUGCGCAGUUCACUUUCAAUAAAACUCGAGGAAACUUGUGUUUAUGCAGUGAAAAUGACAUUCAUUAUGACUAUUAUAAAAUGAACUAUAACAAAUUUGAAAGUUUGUUGGAAAUUCUCAGGCCACAUAUUCAAAAACAAAAUACCAAUUAUAGAUUGGCUAUUUCCGCUGAAGAAAGACUAUCGGUCUGCCUCAGAUUUCUAACUACUGCUAUCAGUUUCAAAGCGCUAGCUCACGAGUAUCAUAUGGGAUAUAGUACUGUACUUCUAAUUGUUCACGAAACUUGCUCCGCGAUAUGGAAGUAUUUACGGCCGCGUGUUAUGCCAAAACCAACAGCUGAGUUAUGGACCAAACUAGCAAAAGAAUUUGAAACUCAAUGGAAUUUUCCUAACUGUAUAGGAGCCAUAGAUGGCAAACAUGUUAAUAUAAGAGCACCUUGGAACAGCGGCAGUCAAUUUUAUAACUAUAAAAAUUUUUUCAGUGUAGUUUUGCUAGCCAUUGCCGAUGCAAAUUAUCGAUUCGUUGUAGUCGACAUUGGAGCAUAUGGUCGCAAUAGUGAUAGUGGCAUUUUAAGCAGCUCCAGAUUAGGACAAUCAUUGAAUAAUAAUACACUGGAUAUACCACCUAAUAAAUGUUUGCCAGGUACGACAGAAGCAUUGCCACAUGUUUUUGUUGGAGAUGAGGCUUUUCCGUUACACAAACACAUAAUGAGACCUUUUCCUGGAAACCAAGUGUCGACAGACGUCGAGAAGAAAAUAUUUAAUUAUCGCCUGAGCCGUGCAAGACGUAUUGUAGAGAGCAGUUUCGGAAUACUAACACAAAAGUUUGAGGUUUUUCAAAAGAGAAUUAGAAUGCAACCCAAAUACCUAGACAUUUUGAUAUUAGCGUGCACUCGUUUACAUAAUUACCUAAGAAAUGAUGAAAUAUUUGAAAACAUAAAUGAAACAGUGCCAAUAAAUAGUAUAUUACAAAAUAUUCAAGAAGGUUCAGUUUCCCAAGAAAACGCUAUGUUUAUAAGAGAUAAAUUUAAGACUUAUUUUAAUUCUUGUGGUGCAGUUUCUUGGCAAAACGAAAUGAUUUCCCGUAGUUAAAUAGAUUUAACAUCAAAAUGGUGUCAAGUUUUACAAAAGACUGUGCCGUAUGUAAACUAACGAGUUCUACAAUUUGCUGACGACAUCGCAACAAUUUAAAGUUAUUUUUAAUUUUAAUUAAAAUAUAAAAAAAUGAUUUAUUUUAAUUUUCAAAUAAAAAUACAUACCUAUUUAUAUACGUUUUUCUUUUGCUCCCAGCUCAGCAGUGAAUCAAAUAAAUGGGAUAUUA